AUGUUCGACUUCGACUACGAAGACCUGGAAACCGCUGAUCCUGCACCGGAUCCGGAGAAGGAGAAGGCGCAGGCAGCGGCUGAAGCAGCGCAGCUUCUGGCCGACGAGGCCUUCACAGUGCGACGGGACGCCGUGCGCAGCCUUGGCCGUCUGGGUUUGGCGGCCGGGCCUUACUUGGCACAACUGGUGGAGACAGCGGAGUCCGAUGAUGAUUACGAGGUUCGGCGAGCUGCUAAGCAGGCCCUUCGGUCUUUGCGGCAGCAUGGUCUCUCAGCGCCCCGGGAGGACGCAACGACUCUGGCCUUGCGCCGUCCUCCCAACGAGAAACGAACCCAGGUGACGACAGGAGCCUCGCGUCCUCCCGAAGAGGGCGCCGUGUCCUUCCGCGCGGAGCUUCCGGACGAGCCUGAGCCGCUCCUCGAGGAGUGGACGGGGCCGAAGGUUUGCUUUGACAUAAACGGGCAGCUGUUGGAUAUGUGCCUGGAGAAGGAGGCUGUGACGCCGGCGGAGGUGGCCGAGAUCUGGGAGAGGUGCCCCGUGAAGCCCUUCACCAACCCUGAAUGCUUGUCAACUUCGCCCUCAACCCAAAACCCAGCGUCCUGGGCAAUGGCUCCUCGUACGCUGCACGGACUGCUUCCGGUGGCUGUGCUCUGGACCGGAGGCCUUCUCUUCUGUCAGCCGAGGGCAUCGCUGCCCACUGUAGCGCGGAGGAAGGCUUGGUCGCGCCUCCGACCGAGAGGGCACUGCGCUGGCGCAGAGUUCUCCGAGGACGAGGCCGCAGAUGAGGUCCCAGGUGGCAUUUCUUGGCUGCCCCCACUGAACAUUUCAGCGCCGGAUGAGACAGCGGAGGGCCGCGUCCUGCCCGUCUUUCCUCUAGGAGGUGCCUACUUCCCCUUUGCGCAGCCGGAGCUGAGCAUCUUUGAGCCGAGGUAUCGGCAGCUCUACAACGACAUCUUGGUCUCUGGUGGCCGGAGCUUUGUGGUUGUAGCCCCGUCGCCGGAGGACGAGAACGUGUUCGCGGAGGUCGGCGUGGUCUUCUACCUGGAUGAUCUCACGGACGUGUCUGAGGAGUCUGCGGAUGAGGUGAAGUACAUCUGCAACCACCGCAUCCUGGGCCGCGUUCGCAUCCUCCGGGUCCUGAACCCGGCUGCCUGGGAGGACCAGUCAACCUACCUCUUGGCGGAGGUUGAGGACUUCAAGGACGUAGAGCUUGCGUCCGACACCAAUACGGCGGCCAAACAGGCGGAGGUGAUGUCGGCUUUGAGUCGCGUGGCGCAGCGGCAGGAGGAGGGUGGCGGCCCGCACUUCGAAAGCCACAUCUCUGACUACGCCAACGCCUCGUGCGCGCAAGAGGGCGGCCUCUGGACUUUGGCCGACGUCUUCGCCGAGUACUACGAAUAUUUGCUGUCCGACAAGGAGCAGACCUUGGACUUCGAGAUGGAGCAGGUGUACGAGCGGUACAGCCUGGAGGAGGAAGGCGAUGAUCGCCAGACCUACAGUUUGGCAAGCGAGGACGACGAUGACGACGACGACUUCGAGUAUGAGGAGAUAGACAUCAUGGAGCUUCCUGGCCCCGCACGCCGGGAGAUCGCAAGGCUGCAGAAUCAGUACGAGGAGGAGGCAGCUUUGCUGAAUGCAGAUCUCAUGCACUUUGUGCACUCCAUGUUGCAGUCUACCUCGCACCGACAACGGCUGGAGAUCAUGCAGGAGGCGCUUCUCCUGGAGGAGAGGCGGUUGGCAGCAAGGAAGGCCCUGGAGGAGGUGAUGUAUUCGGGUGAUUAG